UGGCAGAGCGGGGCGGGGCGGCGCAGGCGCGCUGGGCGCGGGCCGGGCCGCAGGCGCUGCGGGUCGGCGCGGCAGCGGAGCCGCGGUGCCGCCGCGCCCCAUGGCGGCCUCCGCGCAGCCCUCGGUGCCGCCGGCGCUGAGCGCGGAGCAGGCGAAGGCCGUGCUGGCGGAGGUGAUCAAGGCGUUCGGGGCGCCCGAGAACGCGCAGCGCAUGGAGGAGGCUCGGGACAACGCCUGCAACGACAUGGGCAAGAUGCUGCAGUUCCUGCUGCCCGUGGCCACCCAGAUCCAGCAGGACGUGAUCAAGGCCUACGGGUUCAGCAGCGACGGCGAAGGCGUCCUCAAGUUCGCCCGGCUGAUCAAAUCCUACGAGUCGCAGGACCCGGAGAUCGCCAGCAUGUCCGGCAAGCUCAAGGCCAUGUUCCUGCCGCCCAUGACGCUGCCGCCGCACGGCGCCGGCACCGGCGGAGUUGCUGCCUCCUGAGCCCGCGGAGUUCUCCCGGUGUCCUCCUCCCGGUGUCCUGUCAGCCCUGGGAACGGGGCACUUGGACAAGGGAGACGCGGUCCUGGAAGGAAGGGGAUGCUUUGUGUCUGCUCGUGAAUAAAACGUGUGUUGAAAGUG